AUGCAAUUCAAUAGCUCAGUCGUGUUCUCAAUUCUCAUGCGCACACUGCUGUAUCGUCAGACGCUGGGGCUAUUGCUUCAAUACGAGCCGAUCCGCAACUGGUGCCCGUGCCACCCAGGCGCACCGGAAUCAAUCAAUGUCCGCGCGUGCGCAGACGAACGCCAUACCAAGGUUUGCAGUCGCGAAUUGGGUCCACGAGGACAGAGUUAUGAGUUUACCCCAGUGUCUCGAGUUUGGGGGAGUGGAAGAAGGGAGGGGAAGGGCCUCUUUGGGAAAGACUGGGGUAAAGUUGUCCUUUUCGCCGUUGCCAAGGAGUAUGGGCUGGCUACGAUGGCGAUCCUUCCUGCAGAAUCCAUGGCCAUCAUAAAACGAAAAUCAGCCACUUGA